AUGUUUGCAGAUCUUGGCCACUUCAGCAAAAAAGCUAUUCAGAUAGCAUUUCUAUCCAGCAUAUAUCCUUCUCUGGUCCUCACUUAUGCCGGGCAAACAGCAUACCUUAUUAACAACGUCAAUGACUUCAGUGAUGGAUUCUACAAAUUUAUCCCUCGGCCAGUUUACUGGCCGAUGUUUGUCAUUGCAACACUAGCAGCAAUUGUUGCAAGCCAGUCCUUAAUAUCGGCAACAUUUUCUGUCAUCAAGCAAUCAGUUGUCCUGGACUACUUUCCACGUGUUAAAGUGGUGCACACAUCACAUCAAAAGGAAGGGGAGGUUUACUCACCAGAAAUUAAUUACAUUCUGAUGGUACUAUGUGUUGGUGUUAUACUAGGCUUUGGAGGUGGAAAGGAGAUAGGGAAUGCUUUUGGUGUUGUUGUCAUCAUGGUCAUGCUCAUAACUACAAUCAUGCUCACUCUCGUGAUGAUCAUCAUAUGGAGAACACCACCUGUUUUUGUCGGCAUGUUUUUCAUUCCAUUCGUCAUUAUGGAAGGGUCCUAUGUCAGUGCCGUUUUCACCAAGAUCCCUGAAGGUGGUUGGCUUCCUUUUGCAGUUUCCAUGAUCCUUGCAUUGAUCAUGUUCGUCUGGUACUAUGGUAGGCAAAGGAAAAUAGAGUACGAAAUGGCGAACAAGAUAACCAUGGAGCGCCUUGGUGAGCUCUUGGCAAUGCCUGAGGUCCAGAGGGUCCCGGGCUUGUGCUUCUUCUACAGCAACAUACAGGACGGGCUAACUCCUAUACUUGGCCAUUACAUCAAGAACAUGAGCUCACUGCAUACAGUCACAAUUUUUGUGACCCUGAGGUACCUGCUGGUUUCCAAAGUUGAUCAACGGGAAAGGGUCCUGAUCAAGAGGCUCGGACCUAGGGGGGUGUACCAGUGCACCGUCCAGUAUGGCUACGCUGACAACCUGAGCCUCAAAGGAGGCGAUGAUCUUGUCGCACAGGUUAUGAGAUGCCUGAAGCGGCACAUUGCGAUGAGCACCGACCGGCGUUCAUCUGUCUCUACGGAGGAAGAGAUCGCCAACCUGGAGGCGGCGAGUUUGGCCGGGGUGGUGCAUGUCCGGGGCAAGAUGAGGUUCUAUGUGGGUGACGAUGCCGGCUGUUUUGACAAGGUCAUGCUCCGAUUCUAUGAAUUCUUGCAUAGCAUCUGCAGAUCGGCACUGCCAGCUCUCGGGAUGCCUCUGCAGCAGCGAGUUGAGAUCGGCAUGUUGUACAAGGUUUGA